GGUGGUAAUUUAUUAAUUGAAGAAAUUAUUGAUCUUUCAAAUCCUGCCUUUAUGCAAGAUAACAUAGUUCAACAGUUGAGUUCAGAAAAUCAUAAUUAUAAUUUAUCAAGUUUAGUAGCUCAA